GUGAUUACAAAGAGUGGGAGAGACUGAGCCUGAAGAGACGCUGUGUUUACAAAGAGUGGGAGAGACUGAGCCUGAAGAGACGCUGUGAUUACAAAGAGUGGGAGAGACUGAGCCUGAAGAGAGAGCUGUGAUUACAAAGAGUGGGAGAGACUGAGCCUGAAGAGAGGGCUGUGAUUACAAAGAGUGGGAGAGACUGAGCCUGAAGAGAGGGCUGACUGUACCAUUAGAAGAUAAGGUAUCAACGUAACAUCAGCUACGCAACAUCAGCUACGACACUAUAUAUCAGUGCAGAGGAAGUAACAUUAUAAUUUAUCAGGUUUCUAUGGACCCUUUAUGCACAUCACACCAAGAGGAGGAAAAGACUGCGAUCAUGAAAGAAGAGAAGGAAACGGAAGACGAGAAGAAAAAUGAGGAGGACGAGAACGAUGAUGAUGAGGAGUCAGAUGAGGAGUCAGAUGAAGAGGAGGAAGAUGAUACCGAGACAACAGUGAUAGACGGUGAGGAGGAAUCGGAUGACCAAGCCAAGGAGACUGAACCCCAGCAGCAGAAGGAGCAGGCCUGGGCCCCCACUACCUACUCCAAGUUUGGUAAAGAGGUGUUUUGCUACGUAGGAAAGGAGAUCAGUAUCUUUGAGGCCUUGGACUCUUACGGUGCUGUCAUCUGGCCAGCGGCGUUGGCUUUGUGUCACUACCUAGAGACCAACGUUGAGCAGUUGAACCUGGUGGACAAGGCAGUGCUGGAGCUAGGAGCAGGUCCUGGCCUAGUGUCUAUUGUAGCCACACUCCUAGGUGCCUGGGUCACAGCUACAGACCUACCAGAGAUCAUAGGUAACCUGAGAGCCAACCUGCUCCGUAACACAAGAGGACGUUGGAGGAACACUCCCCAAGCUGCAGCUCUGUCCUGGGGUCCUGACGUGGAACGCAUCUACCCCAGAUCUGUCUAUCGCUAUGACUACGUGCUGGCGGCUGACGUGGUGUAUCACCAUGACUACCUGGAAGAGCUGCUGUUCACCAUGAGAUACUUCUGCCGUCCAGGAACCACUCUGAUCUGGGCCAACAAGGUCCGUUUUCCCACAGACCUGGUAUUCACUGAGGACUUCAAGAACACCUUCAACACCACCCUGCUGGCUGAGAUGGGAGAGGUUAAGAUCUACAAGGCCACAUGCAGAGAGACAGAGGAACACAUUCUACACCACCCUGCUGGCUGAGAUGGGAGAGGUUUAUGCCCAUUAUGUGUAAAAGGUAGGGAUUAGGGAAGACAAAGGAAUAGGUAACAUCCUGCAGACUAUGCCAAAUGUAACCAAGACUUCCUGUCCCUUCUUCCUCUGAGAAAUGCUUGAAGACAGAAGGCGGCCAUCUUGGCUAAUGAUAACGGACGUUGAUGGACUACUGAUGUUGUCAGUUGUUGAUGUUUGAUGUUCUACUCAAUACUUACCUGCUAUAUCUAGUGCUUUAUUGUUUACGUAGUUGUUACAUGUAGUUUGUAUUGAUAAUAUUAUAAAUGUUUGUACUUUGUUGUCUUGUUCCAUUCUGUAUUCAAAUAUAAUUUGUUAUGGAUAUAUAAAGUUUCUAGUAAAAAUCUACACAUUCACUUUUUGCUGCCCUGAACAUAUCAAAACACUUAUUACAUUGAAUUUCUUUCCUACCAAUCUACACAACCAACUGCACAUCUUCAAAAGUAAAAUAAAAAUGAUAGAAAAUGUUGUUUAAUUAAAUAAAACAUGUCUUCACCCCCCCCCC